AUGCAACUUCCGACGGACAUCGCCAUCUCGACAUGUCGCCUGACCACUACCAAGACCUCUCAAAAGAGCAUGGAGACAAUAGAGCCUCUGCUCUCUCUAUUGGCAUGCCUGAAGCCAUCGAACAACCGACGUGGCAUCAACGAGGUCGGGGCUUGCUACCCUGGCCUCGCAUUUGGGGUGACGUGGGAGACCACGACCACCCCGCGUGCAUCACGGUCCCUCAUACCGGCGUUGGAGUCUCCGUGUCCGCCAAAAAACCUCAGUCAGCUGUCUGCGAUGUGGUACAGCGGACACGGCGAGUCCAACGCGGGAAUCUCGUACAUGAGAGGGCCGAAUGGCGAAUCGGGGCCUGCCAUUUCCAUCAUUAUGGCAGAUAAGUACAGCGAUAUCGACGUCGACCGAGGUGACGAUAUCGUCUACUGCGGAAGCAAUUCACUUGAUAACACCUCGAGUAACACUCCCGCCGAUGACGGACCGCCCGUUCGGGCGCCUUCAAUCAUCAUGGCAGACAAGUACAGCGACAUCGACGUCGACCGAGGUGACGGCAUUAUUUACUGCGGAAGCAAUUCACUUGACAACACAUCGAGCAACACUCCCGCCGAUGGCGGACCGCCCGUUCGAGGCAACGCAGCCCUAUUCAAGCCCACAGAGAAGAAUAUUAGACUUGUUCGAAUAUGCUCCAAGAACUCUGAGGGGCUAUACCUAGCCCAGCUUCCGGGCGAGACUUUUGGCUCAAGAUACGCCAUCAAGAGAAAGUUGGAGAUCAUCAAGAGGUUUCCGCCCGAGGGACGAUCCGGAAAACAACAUCGCGUCUUCACUUCGCCCGUCAGGGAUAUUUCAGCUUACCUUCUCUUCUCGAACGACUCGACGUCGAGAACACCAUCCACCCACGCUUCAAUCAGUGCUCGAAUGCGGAAAUUUAUUUUGCUCGAAUGCUUGACAGCAGCAUCAAACAGCAACGACCAGGUUGUCGGUGGUUAUCUUCAAGAUCUCCCUGACCUCGAUGAUCUUGACGCUCACCUUAGGGACCCUAGCUCAUUUGCUUUCACGGGCGCCGAGCAGAGUAUCAACUUCCACACGAGUUUCGAGGGGAUGCCCCCAAACGGUCCGGCCGACCAAGGCUUGGGCCCGACAGCCCUCCCAGAAAUUGAACAGGCCAACAACAACAGCAAUGACCUUGAUUUUUAA